AUGCAGGCUAUCAAGUGUGUGGUAGUAGGUGAUGGUGCAGUUGGAAAAACAUGUCUCUUAAUUUCAUACACAACAAAUGCGUUUCCAGGCGAAUAUGUACCCACGGUUUUUGAUAAUUAUUCUGCUAAUGUGAAAGUCGAUGGAAAGCCUAUUAAUUUGGGAUUGUGGGAUACAGCAGGACAGGAGGAUUAUGAUCGAUUAAGGCCUUUAUCAUACCCACAGACCGAUGUAUUCUUAGUUUGUUUUUCACUAGUCAGCCCACCCUCAUUUGAGAAUGUAAAGACAAAGUGGUAUCCAGAAAUAAAUCAUCAUGCGCCUAAUAAACCGAUUAUUUUAGUUGGAACAAAACUUGAUUUAAGAGAGGACUCAGAAACUAUUGAAAAACUCCGACAGAAAAACAUGAUACCCAUCUCAUAUACACAAAGUUUGCAAAUGGCAAAGGAGAUAGGCGCCGUAAAAUAUUUAGAAUGUUCUGCUUUAACACAGAAAGGUUUAAAAAAUGUAUUUGAUGAGGCCAUUAGGGCUGUUUUAUGCCCAACUCCUCUUUCAAAAAAGCAAAAAAAGUGUAUCAUUUUGUAA